AUUGCCCUAAUCCUGAUGGCAAGCGCUAUACCCAUUCUUGUUGUCCAGGUGUGGGAGGGUCAUAAUGUGGUCCGGACAUCCCGGAUCAUGGUAGGAGACACCAACCCAUCCGAGGCCCGAGCAGGCACCGUCCGGGGGGAUUUCAGCAUUCACAUCAGCAGGUGAACCUAUCAAAACAAAGACUCAACUGAAAGGAUCUUUCACUUUACAAUAAUUGGCACAAUACCCUUUUAAACAAAUAUUUAAAUGAUAGUUGAAUUUGACAACAAUUUUAAUUUUGAGGCAUAAAAACAAAUUCAUAUAUAAACAUGAAAUUGAUCAUUUGUGAAAGAGUUUUAAAAUUGGUUGUAUCAUUUCAAUGGCAAAAUACUAAACUGGACUUCAAGCCAUUAAUGAAUUAAUUAAUGUAGGUUUGUGUUUUUUUUACAGAAAUGUGGUCCAUGCCAGUGAUUCAGUAGAGGGGGCUCAGAGGGAGAUCCAGUUGUGGUUUCAUCAAAAUGAACUGAUGGAUUGGGACGGCUAUGACCACAAUAGCACCUACGAGCUUUGA